AUGCUCCAGACUACCAGAGGAUGUAAUGUUAUCAUAGGGAAGCAACCUCUCGAUGCUCUCGAGGAGAGUACAAAUACCCCUCGACUUACCCAUCUGUCUCAAUCCUCAACCUUUCCCUUUCCAUUGAACCGUUGGCUACCUCACGUUCGGUUUGACUCGCCUCUCUCUUUUCUUCGUCUCGACCUUCUCUCGGUCACCUCUCUUCUUGCAGCUAGUCUGCCUCACAUCUCUUCCUUCUGUCCACCUGCUCUUCUCUCGGACUCGCCUUGGCUCAUCGUCACGACGGCUCCCACAAAGCGUCGCAAAGUUUCCCCCGAGCCAGGUCGCAGUAGCCCAGGCGAGGCACGACGUCACGGCCGCUCCGACCCUUCCCAAGUGCCUCCAUUGCCACCAAGCAGUUCCUCCUCCGCUUCCAGCUCCUGGCGCAACAGCUCAUCGGCCUCUCCUCCCCGAUACGUGCCUGCGCACCUCCAAUCCCUCGUCCCCGGGACCCGAUCCCCGUCCGGUGCUGCUCGCUCGCCAACCCCCGCCACUGCGACCGCUGGUCUGUCCCUGGCCAGCGAAUUGUCCGACAUGAUGCCCAUGGACCAGUGCGACGGCUCCUCCUCGCCAAGACCUGCGAAUGCGCGCUCUCCUUCCCCAGGCGAGAAACGGUCGGCUUCUGAAAUCACCGACCCUGAUCCAGAGGGCGGUGUUAGCACCACCGUGGACGUCAUGGCGGCGGACACCAUCGACGACCAGAUCAGCAAGGUGAUUGCGCUGGCCAACGAGCCGCUCAAGGACGGCCAGAAGGGGUACGUCGUCUCCUCCCGAUGGGUGAAGACCCUCUACGCCCGAAGCACCGCCUACGCCGACCAAGCCGACAAAGAGGCCAUGUCCAGCGAAUUGGGCCCAGUGGACAAUCGCGACGUCGUGCUCGACACGGAUCCCGCCAACAGCAACUUUAAAUACGAGAGCGGUGAUGCCUACGUGCCACUUCGUCCAAAUCUCACAUUGGGCGUGGAUUACGAGAUUGUUCCGGAGGAAGCUUGGCAGUUGAUCAUGAAGGAAUACGGACUCGCCCCUCAGUCCCCCGUCAUCGUUCGAUUCGCCCACAACGCCAGCAUGGACGACUCCGAGAACGUCAUGUACGAGCUCGAUCCACCCAUCUUCACCAUCUUCAAGCUUGCCAACCCUGCCGCUGCGACCACGCCUCAGUCGCUCAAAGAAAACGCCCGGCCGCCAGUUCGCAUGCUGGCUGGACGUCAGAGCGGUAUUCAGGCCUGGCUGAAGAGGGCCAAGGAGCUCGCUGGCAUCGACCUGUCGACCAAGGUGCGCGUGUGGAAGAUCAUCGGUCAAUUGCCCAGCCUGAAUCCGUCCACCUCCACGACCCCCGCCGUCUCCCGCGCCGUCUCUCGUGCCGUCUCCCCCGCCCCUCCCACCGCACUCAUCUCGGCUUCCAGCAGAAAAUUGCUGGUAGAUCUGAACACCUUCUUGGACUUGAACGAGGGAACUCAGAGGGAGCUUCUGGAGACAUUUAAGGACCAGACGAGCAACGGCAAUUACAAUGGCAAGAUGACCCUCAGCAUGGCUGGCUUGAUGGGAUCCGACGUAUUUGUUCUCGAGGAGCAGGUUGGCACAAAGAGCGGAGAGUGGGUGUCUUCGGUCUCUGCGGAGAAGCUCAAGCGUCUGGGCAUACCCAUCACCAAGACCAAGAAGGAGCUCGCAUCCUCGGGGGCUGAAGUCACCAAAAGCCAGACAGCCAGUGGGCGCACCAGUCCUGUCACCGACGAUUUCCCCUUUGGCAAGAAACCCUCUGGACAUCGACUGGGUGUCACCGGUCUCUCAAACCUGGGCAAUACCUGCUAUCAGAAUGCCGCGACCCAGUGCGUGCGGGCUGUGGAAGAAUUGACCUACUACUUCCUUGCCAAUCGCCAUAAGAAGGACCUCAACCCUUCCAAUCCUCUUGCGUCUUUCAACCCCUCAAAGUUCCGCAACCAGAUUGGCCGCAACAAUCCGACCAUGGCAGGCUGGGAGCAACAGGACAGUCAGGAAUUCUUGAUGUUCCUUCUGGAUGGCUUAUCAGAGGAUCUCAAUCGCAUCCUCAAGAAGCCUUACAUUGAGAAGCCCGAUUCCACGGAUGACAUGGUCACUGACCGCAAGGCCCUGGAAGACUUCGCUGUUCGAAACUGGGACAUCUACAAGGCUCGCAAUGACUCUGUCGUCACCGAUCUCUUUGCUGGCAUGUAUAAAUCUACGCUGGUCUGCCCCAGUUGUGAUAAAGUCAGCAUCAUCUUCGAUCCCUUUAGCAGCCUGACCCUGCCGAUUCCGCAGCAGAAGCUUGAGUUCCGGAACGUGGUUUUCCAGGCACUCGAUAAGCCCCCGCGCAUGUUCACGGCUGAAGUGGACAAAACGGGCACGAUGGCGACCUGGAAGGAGGCCAUGGCUAAAAAGCUGAACCUCAACCCCAAUCAGCUCAUCGCUGCAGAGGUCGAUAACGGUCAUUUCUGGGAAGUGUGGACUCGCUUGAAAGUUCCAUACGAAGAUCUGCACCUCACGCCCAAGGACGUCAUGACCUUCAUCGAGUUGGACGAAGUGGCGGAAGAUCGCAUCUUGGUUCCGGUCUUCAGCAGAACCAAGGCCAAGCACGCCAAGGGUCACGCCAAGUACGAGACCUUUGCGCAGCCUACGAUCCUUUCUUUCACCCGCGAGGAGUCUAAGGACAUGGCCACCAUUUAUCGCAAGAUCCUGCGACAUGUUGCCACCAUGACCACCCGAGACAUCAUGGGCGAGGCCAACUUCCGGGUCAAAAAGAAGGUGCCCUCUCAAGACGCUGACCAGCCAGUCGAAGACUCGGAUGCCGUUUUGAUGACUGAGGAGGAUGCCAACUCCGGGGACUCGCAGAUUCAGACGGGAUCGGUGGAAGGUGAGGAUGGCAUCGUUGACAUCUCGGUGCAGAAUGGGUCGCGAACGCCAAGCGCGGCUUCGCCCAAGGCCACGGACACAAUGGCCGAUUCUCCCGCCCAUCCUUUGUCUGGGAUUAUUCCUUCCGACCUGCUGAGCCUGUUCGAGGUCAAGGUUAUGCCCAGCGGGGAGCGUAUGCCCAAGGGUCGUCAGAUCAACGGUUCCGCGGAGAAGAUCCUGUCCCGAUUGUCAUCUUCGAAGAAGGCCUCGAAGAAGAACUCAUCCCGUGGAUCUGACGAAGACACCAACGCCAGCACCAGCGCGUCAGAUGACUCUGAGCAGGAAUCCCGUCGCCUCACUUCGUCCCGGCCUCUGCUCAAGCAGUCCGACUCCAUCAUCCUGGACUGGAACGAGGACGCCAAGGAUGCCUUGUUCGGCAAGAGCGGGCCCGAAGACCACCUGCGUGGUGCGGCCACUUGCGAUCAAAUGCCCUUCACUCAUGAUCAAGGUCUGAUUGAUCGCCGCGCUCAGCGCGAUGCCCGGGCCACGCAAGGUGUCUCGCUUGACCAGUGUCUCGACGAGUUCAGCCGCGAGGAGACCCUGUCCGAGGAUGAUGCGUGGUACUGCCCGCGCUGCAAGGCCCAUCGCCAAGCUUCCAAGAAGUUUGAGCUUUGGUCGACGCCCGACAUUCUGGUCAUUCACCUGAAGCGGUUUACGACCCAGUCUCGAUACGCGCGUGCAAAGCUGGGCACGAAGGUGGACUUCCCCGUGGAGAACUUGGAUCUUUCCCCUUGGGUGACAGGACCGACGGGGCAAGACAAGUCAUUGGUGUAUGACUUGAUUGGCGUAGAUAACCACUCAGGCAGCAUGUCUGGUGGCCACUACACUGCCUACGCCAAGAAUUUCAUCACCGAUGACUGGUGUAGUUUCAACGACUCUUCGGCGUCGAUCAUCCGGGACUUGGGGCGAAUGCAAUCGCCUCAAGCUUACCUCCUCUUCUACCGCCGUCGCUCGGAAAAGCCUCUCGGUGGUCCCGUUCUUCAGAACAUCAUCACCAAGUUCAAGAACGGCGAGAACGACAGCACCGCUGAGAACUCGCGGUCCAGCUCUCCGUUGGGGGACGGCAAGCGCCUCGGUGGCUCCUCCCGCAAUGGAUCGUCGCGCGCAUCAACCAGGCGCGGAGCAUCUCGCCAGGUGGACGGUGGUGGUUCGGGACCCGCGACUCCGGAGACGAAGUCGAGUGAUGACGAGCACGAUGCCUCCAACCCAUUGGAUGACAUGUUCUCAGGUCCCUCUUGGUCAUUCGAACGCCCCGGCGAAAGUUCCCUCGCCCUCGGUCCCUUGACCUCCGUUCGCCCUGUCUCGCCCGAAGACGACCAAGGUCUCUUCGAAGACAACGACAGCAACGUGGCUGUCGAUGAGGGCUCGGAUGCCGAGGAGCGGCUGCACGGUCUUGGAAACUCACGCCAAGUUUCCGAUCACGAGGGGUCUUUCGAGGAUGUUCUGACCAUGAUGGAUGAGGGCUCGGAUGAAGACUUGCCGGUUGUUGAGCUCCGUGUGGACUCUGACGAGAAGGCACACUCUGAAGCUUGA